AGUCUCCGUUACGGCGAGUGGGACUUGAUAAUUAAGGCACAAAAGUGUGCUAUUGUAAGAAAGGUGCAUCUCGCAUUUUCGUCUCUCAACUCAUCCUCAGCACAUCCAGCACGGAAUUGAAAAGUUGAGGGAAUCGUGUUCCCAAACUGCAUGAAUCCCACAGGGUAAGAAGAGCAGCAGCAAAGCAAGUGAUGUAACAAAGCAUCAUGCUCGUACGUUUUUAACGCAACAAACAGGCAACAAUAAUCUGACUCUGUGUGCAUGAAGGCUGAAGUGGUCGUGGUGUGGCAAGUAAGUAACCAUUUCAGAGUCUCAGUCUCACUCUGCCACUCGACGCAACGCAAGUCCAUCAUUAAGUCUCAAAAUUGAAUUGCCCCGUCGUUGCAGUAAUCGGCCCUACGUUUCAUCAUCACAAUACGCACGUUGAGUAGAAUUCAUAAGGUUUGAGAUUUCUGCAACUUUUUGAUUGUCAUUAGUACCGUGGUCGCAUAAAUAAAACAUUGGAUAAAUAUUUUGGAAGAUUGUGUGUCGGCAGCAAAAAGUAAGUGAGACAGGAAAUAAAGUUGCGACCAGCAAAAUGUAAACAAAUUAGCUGACCUUCUUCAAAAUCGGUGCCUACCUUGUCCACACGUAGAGACAAGCAUUGAGGGGAUACUUAGUGGGGCAUGGAGCAGUGACCAGUGUCUUUAGCAUAGCCGCAGUGUAAAAGUAGUGCUGGGGGGUCAAUAUACAGACGGUCAGCCUGGCGCAUGCAUGUGGGUGGAUGAACGUUCAAAUUAUUUGAAAACAAUUACUCGACAAAUGUUUGGAGUUACCUCCUCCCUCCAAUAAAGAGGUUAAUUACUUGGUGUCAAACAAAUAAUCUUAAAGCGACUUACUAUAGUAUACCUCCUCCCAUUGCGGAAACAGUGGACGUCGCUCCAUUCCGUGUCAACCAACAUUUGUUGAUGUGUUUAUAUUCUCAUUUUCAAAAAAGUGUGACAGGUGUUUCAAGCCGUUGAUGCCUUGGUCUUGCCGUCCCUCCUGACACUUUGCUACUGAACAACGACCAAAGUACUGGACCAUGUGCUCUUCUCCUCUCUCCAAUUUCACAUGAGCCUUACUUAUUAGUCUAUUAAACUGCGAAUACCGGAAAUACUUGUAAUCGGAACAAUAACUUGAUCCCUUAUUUUACAUCUUAACUGGAGUCCAUCGUUCUCGAGAAUCGGAACAUGGAGGAGAAUUUCGGAUUUAGCCUUCCCCCGGGCGGAGCUGCUUCUUCUGAGCACCGAAGCCCAAGCCUGAAUCGCGGAGGAGGCGGAAGUGUCCCGAAUAAUAAUAAUACUAAUGGAGGGGGCAUGCCGCCAUCGUUCCAAUCGUACCACCAUCACCACCACCCUCACAAUGUUUUUCAACAAGUUUCACAUCCGGGCAUGCCCUCCAUGGCCCAGAUAGAAGAAUGGCACAGUCAUAAUCACCACAAUCUGGCCAUGCAGCAAAACAUUUUGGCCAACCAUCUCAAUAUGAACGGCAAUGGGGGGCUGGAAAAACCUAAAAAAGAGCAAAGGAUUCGAAGACCAAUGAACGCUUUCAUGGUUUGGGCUAAAGUCGAGAGGAAACGGUUAGCAGAUGAAAAUCCAGACUUGCACAAUGCAGAUUUAAGUAAAAUGUUGGGAAAAAAAUGGAAAACUGGAAUGACACCAAAUGAUAGGCGCCCAUUUGUCGAGGAGGCUGAACGUCUUCGGGUUUUACAUAUGCAGACUCACCCCAAUUACAAGUAUCGGCCUCGCAGACGGAAGCAGACCAAGCGUGGUGGUCGCAGGACGAAUGAAAUUUUGUUGCCGUCCAACAAUGGAGAAGACGUGUACAAUGCUCAGUUUGGUGCAUUCCACACUCCUGAAGCAUCGCCCAACGCCAGUCCUGACCCUGAUUCUGGAAAUAAGGAUUUCCGAAAGGGGUUGCCACAAGGCACUGGGACAACGCUGCUCCAGCAAACCCUCUUGGACUCUCCCGUUGACCAUCACAACAUUUCGCAACAUCAAACAUCGCAAUCUCAUUAUGACGGAGAAAAAAUUCUUCCCACACCUGAGAUGUCCCCACUAGAAAAUAACCAGGAGUCCCAGAGGUUAGAAAAUUCUGACAAAGAAGGGCAACUCUCUGACGAAGCUAGGGGGGCAAAAACAAGCCCAGUCAUGCAACUCGUGAAAUUUACAAACAAGUUGAACCCACCGAGAACUCCACCCUUUGCCCAGUUUUCUUCAGGCAUUCAUAACGGAGUUCAAGUCAUUAACAAUCACCCAAAUCUGCAAAUACACCACCAACACCAACAAAUCCAAUCCCAUCAUCAUCAUCAACAUAUUGCAAACCAGAUCCAGCAGCAGCAGCAGCAGCAUGAGCAGUAUGUUCAACAUCAUCAUCACGGGCGACAAAUGGAAUUCUACGACCCGAUGCCCGGUCAUUCUCCAGGUUUGUACAACUCGUCCCCACAAUAUGGGGACCAUCACUACCAGCACUGGUUAGCUCAACAGGAGUCGGAGGAAAUGUUGCAACGGGGGUCGUAUCACUUGGAGCACGCGCCGCCACCAGGGUCAAGUAACUACUACGAUUACGUCCCAUCUCCCAAUCCGGGCGUAAGUUAUCAUGGCAUGGAUGCCAAUCACAACUCGUUUUAUGGGUACAGCAUGAAAAUUGAACCUCAGGAUAGUCUCAUGUCCUCCCCAUACGAUCAUCACAACAACAGUCCCGGAAGUACAAUAAGCAACACGGGUUCCAGCUCUGCUACAGGGUCUUCCAACGGGGGUGCGGCUAGUGCUCCCCACGAUUACGAGUCCUCUAGUCUCAUCUACAAGGCACUCUCGGAAGCCUGUAACGGAACAAAUUAGUAAUACUGUAAUUACCCAUCGAUUCACGCAUCCUAGUUAUUUUUUUCAAAAACAUUGAAUGCAACAGUGUAAAGUGUUAUAGUGCAGAUAAUAUGUACAUAUUUUUAUUAAUUACAUAGCGUGACAUGCAGUGUCCAUAUCUGAAUUGUUAUCUCCACGCAGUCGCCUCCUUCCUUCAUCAAGCACAUUUUUUUGUGGAAUUGUCACUCUUGUCUUGUGGUUUAUCCUAUAUCGACGAAACCAAACAAGUUGGGAUCAAUUUGUGCAGUGUCACGUUCAUGAUAAAUUCAAGAUCGAUUUAAUUUUUUCGUUACCAUUUGUACAGUUCAUUCAUUAUUGGUGACAGUGUAUGCAUAUAUUAUGAUUACAUAUGAUUAUUUAGGAUAAGUUUGAAAAGGCAGUCAAUCAAUGGACCGAAAAAAUACUGAAUCCUUCAAGCUGAUUCACGUGUAUUGUUGUGUAGGAAGUUCAUGAAAGUACCAAAUUGAUUUCUGCAAAUGCAACUCAUAUCUAGAUUACAUACAGCUAAAUACACAUGUAUCAAGUAAAAAAUAUAAAAAAUAAUACAAAUAAAUUAUUUAGGUAUUCAUAUUUAAGGGGUUAUUAGCUUAUACUAUAAUUUUCUAAGAACCGUUCCACACACAAAAUAUCGUCUCUCAUUCCACUGAUUGGGACACAAAAUUCGACAAAAAUUCAUCUUUAUCAUCAUAUAGCAAGAUUUCUUAACAAUUUUAUGUUUAGUUAAUACGGGUUAUCUAUAUCUCUAUCUUUUGUUCAAGUAUUUUCAAUAUCAUCUUAAACGAUAGUCUCGAAAAAUAUUUUCGCUAUGAAUCCUGAUUUAUUUGGGCAAGUCAUCAAAGCUGAUGUUAGAAUGUUUUCGUAGUUAAUUAUUCACCUCUUCCUAACUAGUGUCCCAGAUAAUUUAAUUAAUUUAACGCAACAUAUAUUUUGAAUAUAUUUAGGAUCCUAUGACAUAAAAAUUAAGUGUAGCAAAUGCUGAACAUAUUUACCAACCUAUUUAACUUCGCGUAUAUUUAACUGCGCGUAAUAAACAUACAAUCGAAUCAACAAAUUUGUAAACGCAUGAGUUAAAAUAAUCGAAUAAAAUUAAAAUUUUCUAAAUCUUCUUGAUAAUACC